AUGGGAAACAUUCACGCGUUGGUGCUGGCAGCAUUGCUGUUCAGAGUUUCUCGUGCAGAUACCUUGUACUCAGUAACUAGCAAUGGCCCAACGACUUUCUUGGGUUCAAAUAACGGUAUUGGAUCAUGGUUUAGGGCAGAUAAUUCGCAAGACUCUACCAACGGUCACUCGUGGUGUUCGUUUCCUUACAAGGACUACUCGAUGGGAUUUGCUCCUGAUUUACAAGCAAUGACUGCCGGCAGUAAUGCUGUAUACCCUAACUCGUUGUGGUAUAAAUACGGCGGCCAAUAUUGUGGAUUAGAGGCUUGGGUCUAUAACCCAGCGAAUGGACGCAAUCUAACAAUGUACAUAAUUGACGGCUUCAGUCAUCAAUGGGUGCUGACUCCGGGAUCAAUUGAUCUCAUGCUUGGAGCAUACACGUCGCUUGCCGGCUACUAUCCCGGCAGUAAAAAUAACGUUUUAAGUGGUGUCCAGUGGGGAUUCACUGGCAGGAGGUCACAAAAAUACUCGUUCGAGGGACCUGGUGACUCAACCGACAAUCGUGUAGGCAAUGGAGGAUCUUGCAGUGCAAGUACGGAUUGCCAGUCGCUUUGUUGCACAUCUUCGGGCCAAUGCACGUCUGCGGGAUCAGGCUGUGUUGCUUCAACAUCCGCCGUCAAGUUGGUCUCUGCGCCUUCAUCCUCAUCUGCGGUAUCGACGUCGUCAUCCGGCACUCCGACAUACCAAAACGGAGGUCUCGGUAGCUGGGUACCCUGUUCUCAGAGUUCACAAUGUGCAAACAAUUGCUGCUCGAAGGAAUAUUCGAAUGAUGGCAAUUACAAGUGUACACCUGGUGGAACCAAAUGCCUAUCUGUUGCCUUGUAUAAUGAUUGGAGCUACUGCAACGUGAGCAGCACGUGCUCAUCGGGCUGCUGCUCGAGCCAAUACUCUGGCGGUGUCUACAAGGAGGUCGCAGCUGCCGAGGGGCUGCCUUGGGCGACUGGGCUUAUUGCUCUUACAGUAGCGACUGUCUCAAUGGUUGCUGUAGUUCCCAGGCCUCGAACGGCGUUUUGA